AGCUGUUAGGCAGGAACCCAAUGUAGUCUAUGCUUAGCGCUUUCUUGAACCUUGGUUAUUAUAUUUUGUUUACGGUAUCUAAUUUUCUAUGCAAAUGCGGCCCAGUGCUCUACUGUAUCCUGAAUCCGCCGCUGAGGGGACCUCGGUGGAAGAGAACAUAUAAUCGGAUUCCAUGGAUGUGGCGGUUCCCGCAACGGUGAGUAGGCCCGACACCACAACCUGUUUGAAACCCCUGCAAAAAGUUUAGGUGGAAUCCGAUGGGAUGGAUUCAAUGAGUAAAGGAAGAAUCAGGCUCUGGGACGCAUAAUGGCGUUGCAGCAGGAAACUGUUGGGUCGCACAGUGGCGAGAAAGCGGCCACCGCAAAAUUAGGUGAAGCAUGACAGUUACUUUCUAAAUUCUAACAAUGGUUUUCCUUCUCUGAUCAGACAUGAGAUCUCCGCUUGUACUAGGCCUCGCUCGUUGAACCCCCAUCGCACAAAACUAGCCACCGCCGGCGGUAACCGUCGCGAUGGUGCCCUCCCCCCCUUACGUCUUGCUAUAACCGCCUCCACUGAUCGCCCACAAAUCCACUUGAACUUUUUAAACUAUGUGCUUUUAGUGGCGUUGACCGAGCGUAGAAUAGAAGAGGAAUGGACGACCGAGAGAUAGAAGCUACGAUUGAUCGAAUCUCCACCGUUCCACUGUCAAUGGAAACAGGGGCUUCGCUGGAUCUUCGUAAGGGAUGAUUCCUCCACUGUCGUUGUUGGAGCGGUGGCCUACAACAAACAAACAAAAAUACUAAUUUCGGAUCCGGAAUACCAAUCCAUAACCCCAUCUCCAUAACCAAUCACAAUUAGCGACGAAACAAUUCGUAAAGUUAGUGACUAGUAAAAAUUUCAAAUGGCAAACGUGAAAAAUUUAUAUAUUUGAGUGAACAAACGUAUAAUUUAGUCUUUAUUAACCCUUUGAAAAUACAAUUCUCAGAAAAUAAUAAAAUAGAUAUUUUCCUGGCCUGAAACUUGGAGAAUGGAGAUGCUCUUCGCGUGCAAUCCCAUUCUCACGUGGUACGAUAUGAUGCCGUGGAUCUCUCCAUACUGGUCUAUAGUUUUAGUGUUGCAGAGAGCUGUAAAAGUCGCCGGAGACAGAGUCACCGCGUUACUCUCAGCUCCGCAAUUAAUAAACCAGAAACCUAAGCUACCGGCGUCCCCUCCAUUCCAUUCCAAUUUCAGUAACGAGCACAGAAAAGAAAAGCAAGCUGUACUACUCUCUAUUCUGUCUCUUCCAUUCAUUUCCCUGCAUCUAAAACAGAGGUUUUAGCUGCUACCUCUUUUUCUCCCCCAAUCCCCAUCCAAUCGAAUCGAAUCGAUCUUCCUGCUCUGAUUCAAGAAUUCGCCACCGUUCAGCUCCAAUGGCGAAAGGCAGAUACUCUCGGUUCCCGUCUCGAAAAUCCAAAUCAUCCACCAUGAUUUUCACCAUGCUCCUCAUGUUCACCUUCGCGAUUCUCAUUCUCCUCGCCCUCGGAAUUCUCUCGAUUCCUAGCAAUUCUGGCGACUCCAGGAGAGCGCACGAUCUCAGCACCAUUCUCCACAAUCAAGUGAAUAGCAGCGCCGUGGAGGAAAGGAAACCGGAACCUUGGGCUGAAGUCAUCUCCUGGGAGCCUCGUGCCUUCGUCUACCACAAUUUUCUCAGCAAGGAGGAGUGCGAGUACUUGAUCAGUCUUGCGAAGCCUCAUAUGGUGAAGUCGACAGUUGUUGAUUCCGAUACUGGAAAAAGCAGAGAUAGCAGAGUUAGAACAAGCUCAGGGACAUUCUUAGCUCGAGGACGGGACCAAGUCAUCAGGGACAUUGAGAAACGGAUUGCUGACUUCACAUUCAUACCUGUAGAACAUGGGGAAGGGCUUCAAAUCCUUCACUAUGAAGUUGGGCAGAAAUACGAGCCUCACUUUGACUACUUCAUGGAUGCUUACAACACCAAGAAUGGGGGACAACGCAUAGCUACUGUUCUUAUGUAUCUGUCCGAUGUUGAAGAAGGUGGGGAGACAGUUUUCCCUUCUGCAAAAGGUAACUACAGUGCUGUCCCAUGGUGGAACGAGUUGUCCGAAUGUGGGAAGAAAGGGCUUUCAGUCAAACCUAAGAUGGGCGACGCAUUGCUUUUCUGGAGUAUGAAACCUGAUGCCAGUCUGGACCCUUCAAGUUUGCAUGGUGGUUGUGCCGUGAUUAAAGGGAAUAAAUGGUCAUCAACCAAGUGGAUGCGAGUGAAUGAGUACAAUGUUUGAAAUGUGAGAUGAUAAAGGUAAAGCCAGCCCUGUCUUCUUAACUCUUGCCUUGUUGCUGCUAUUUCCUCUUAUCAAUGAGAACCGUAGGCAUUGUGAUCAUUUCACUGCUUUAACUCUAUGGUAGUUCUUUUAUUGUCACAGGGAACGGUGUAAAAUCAUGUCUUCUGGCCUGCGGGUUGAAAGCUUGAAGGUUGAUAAGUUUUGAAGAGAACCUGCAAUCUUACAAUAUGCAGCAGACCUGUUCCUGCUGUCGAACAUGACAUCCCACGAUUGGGAGCCCCUUUCACACUGUGGCCAUAAGAAUAGGUUUAAUGCGCUUUAUUAGAGUUUGGAGCAGAACAGAUUGGAGACGAUUUCACAGUUCGAAAGCAUAACUGACUGGGUGAUUUUUGUGUUGAUAGUUACGUAAUCCAUAAGUUUUGAAACUGGAAGUUUUGUGUUGAUAGUUACGUAAUCCAUAAGAAUAGGUUUAGUCUUCAAUUCGAUUGUCAAAAGGAAGGUUUUCAAGAAAUAUGUAAUUGAAGAAUGAACCCCUCGUACUGGGGAAAUCCAUUGGAGACCUUGGAGUCGGUAGAUGAGAUACAAACAUCAACAAUAAGUUAGGGGCCUAAUUAUCAUAAAUGGUCACAAAAACA